UCUUUAUUCAGCGAAAUAUUCUUGAUGUGUUAAGUAACUUCCUCCCUUUUGUUAAUCAAGAUGUGGAUUUCGGCUCUAUUUCUGUUAUGUUUCCAGCAAGCUUGGUGUUUGAACAGCUGUCCCCAGUUUUGGGUUCCAAUCAACGGCUCCUGUUUUGCACUUUUACACGACAAAGUGGCGUGGGCAUCGGCUGACGAAAUGUGUAAAGACCUGGGUGGCUAUCUGGCAGAAAUUACCUCCCCUGAUGAGAACAAGGGCGUGAUCAAUUAUUUGGAAGCUAAGAACCCUAACGUGAAGAGUGUGUGGCUGGGAGGUACGGACAUACUUCACGAGAGCACGUGGUUCUGGAUGCACAGUAAAGACCCGGUGACGUUCACCGCGUGGGUUCCCGGACAGCCGGAUAACUCCCACGGAGAAAACUGUAUUCAUCUCAACAAAUACGGAUCCGUUAGGUGGGGUUGGAAUGAUUAUGACUGUAAGACCAUACUGUACGGCCUGUGUGAAACUGACCUUCUGGGUCCUGAGUUUGGAUGAAGCGGAAACAUGGAUUAAAAGAAUGACACGUUGGUGAUCUUGUUGUCAUGGCAAAUAAAAUAUGAAUGCUUA